AUUGUGGACAAUGAGAACGCACUGGUUUUAUAUCCCACGGGAGGUGGGAAAAGUCUCACCUAUCAGGUUCCAGCAUUAUGCCUUCCAGUAACGUAUGUGACAUCACUGACAUUAUUACAGGGACUGACUGUGGUGAUAUCUCCUCUCAUUGCUUUGAUGAAGGAUCAGGUCGAUGCUCUGGUCGAUCGUGGGGUGAAAGCUGCAAACCUGGACAGCACGUUGGGCGCAGAACGGGCAGCCUGGGUCAAACAAGGGGUUGUCUCACGGCGUCUAAAACUGCUUUAUGUGGCUCCUGGAAGGCUGAAUAAUGAAGGAUUCAUUACGAUGAUGAGUCGUGUCAAAAUCUCACUGCUAGCUAUUGACGAGUCGCAUUGUAUCUCGCAGUGGGGUGCAAGCUUUCGGCCCGAGUAUUUAAAAAUUGUGCAUUUUGCAGAGGAAAUGGAUGUAGAACGUGUCCUCUGCUUGACGGCAACCGCUACUCCAAAUGUGGCAGAAGACAUCUGUCAAUCAUUCUUCAUUGAUACUCAGAAAGGUGUGUUUCGCACCCCAGUGUACCGGUCAAAUCUGGCUUUGCAAGUUCAAGUCGCAAAUACUCUAGAUCAAAAACUCGAUACUCUUAUUCCCUUCUCGAAAUCUCGAACCGGACCUGCAAUCAUAUAUGUGACCCUGCAGAAACAUACGGAAGAGGUUGCCGGCCAUCUUCGCCCUCAUGGAAUGAAACCAAUGGUGUACUAUCAUGCCGGAUUGAAUGGCGAUGAGCGUGCACGUGUCCAACAGCAAUUUAUGGAAUCAGAUAAUGGUAUAGUUUGUGCUACCAUUGCUUUUGGCAUGGGAAUCGAUAAGGGUGAGUCGUUCGUUCAAUUCAAAUUUCGAAGCCAGUGCCUUGACUGGUCCAGACAAUCAGAUUCACUCCCAAGUCUGACGUAUUCGCUGGAUUCUAGAGACAUCAACAAACCCAGACAUUGUCGAGACUGCAGCUGCGAUUAUACCUCGCAUGCAAUGGCGUCCCAACAUUGA